AUGGUCGAGCUGCAGGCCUGCCCCCUCCUGCACUUGCCUGUCUGCGGGACCGACGGGAACACCUACGCCAAUGAAUGCCAGCUCUGCGUGGUCGUGCAGCAGGGAGGUAGGAACAUCCGGAUUUUGAAAGACGGGGAGUGUCAAGAUGCCUGA